UACAGACCCCUUGCCAGACCAGAAUGAGCGCCCUGCGUACGUUUGGAGGUGUAUUGUUCAACAGAUUUAGCGGGAAACUUGCCAAAAACAACCACGGAUUUUUCAACGACAGACGUCUACGACUGAAUCAGCUGUUUCAGGUUUCUUCGUAUUUUGGCGCCCGGAAUAAUAAUGUUUAUCUUUCGACUGAUGCUACGAAGAAGAAAGAAAAGACUGAUUCUCUGCUAGCUAUGGACCCGAACCGGUUUGCAGGACAUCUGCAGAAGUUAGGAAUCAAGAGGUGUUUCGUGGUUUGGGAUUUUGAGGAGGGGAAAGUCCUGGUUUCACAUCCAGAGUUGGAGGAGCUGGCACAGUUUUGUGCCGCAGAUAAGGUGAACUUUGACGAGCAUGAAGGUGUGUUUAUGGAGGUUGGCAGGAGGACGGGUGUGCUGAUGGGAGCCUUCGUAUGGAGAACCUACAGAGGACAGGCGUGUGGAGGUAUCCGACUGUGGAACUACCCCGGUAUGGACCGGUACUUAACCGAUGGACUGAGGCUGGCCCAGGGGAUGGGGGUUAAGUCUGCACUGGCUGGACUCUGGGCAGGAGGAGGGAAGGGUGUAGUACAAGAGCCCAUGCACAACAAGCACAGGGAUCCUUCCUUCAGACAGAACAUGUUCUUUGACUACGGAGACUUCCUGUCGUCGCUGAAUGGCUGCUAUGUGAGUGCAGAGGAUGUAGGGUUGAAUGUGAAUGACCUGAACAAUGUGAUGCAGAGAACCCGCUACACAACAUGUAUAUCAGAGGAACUGGGGGGAUCUGGGAACCCAUCCAUACUCACUGGGAAAGGAGUUGUGUGUGCAAUGGAGGCUGCUCUGGACUUCCUCAGCAUGGGAACUCUGAAGGAGAAAACAGUGGCAAUACAGGGGGCUGGCAAUGUGGCUCUGGUGAUCAUAGAGACCCUGUUAGAGAAGGGAGUGAAGUACAUCUACGUCACCGAGUGUCACCAGAACAGGGUCGACGACAUGAAACGAGUCUUAGCUGACAAGGCUAACGGCAGGCUGGAGAUACAGAAGGUCCCUAUAGACGACACCAGCAUCAUGUCUUAUAACUGUGACAUCCUGUCUCCAUGUGCCCUCGGAGGGAUCCUGAAUGAGGACACCAUCCCACAGAUCAGUGCUUCCAUCGUGUGCGGUGCAGCCAACAACCAGCUGGGCUGUCCCGAGGACAACCAGCUACUGAAGGAGCGCGGCAUCACGUACAUAGUGGACUAUGUGGCCAACAGGAUGGGUAUUGUGAACUGUGCCAAUGAGACGUACGGGCGUCUGCCAGAUGAUCCAGCCAUCACCAGACAUCUGGGGAGGGACUGGGAUAACUCAGUGUUUAAGAUCACUAAGGAGAUCCUUCAGAAGGCUGAGAAGGAGGACGUCACACCUGUGGAGGCUGCCGACGUUCUUGCCGACAAGGCGAGUCGGGAACUCCAUCCCAUCUGGCCUCACCGGAGUCAGCAGAUUAUCAAAGCACUGGUGGCCGGCGGCUGGCAUAGGGGGAACAACAUCUACGGGUCUCCAUCUUAG